ACAUCAAAAUUCAAAACAGCAAUCUCCGUGUGUAAAAGCGAAACCUUUCUCCCCAAGCCUAACAGAGCAACUAUUACGUAUCUCAGCCAAGCUUUUCUCAUAGGCCGCGUCAAAGCUUUUACAUGGAGUAAUCUUUUUGACAGUUCCUCUAUGAUUCUAUCUAUCAAAGCAAAUAUUCAAUGAGAGCGAAAUUUCUGGCAGGCUGAGAACAGAGUUCAAGCUGACGUUGAGGGUAGACGCGGACUGAUUCGUGCGGAGUUGAGAUAAAAUUUUUGUGAUUAUUAAUUAAGAAUAAAGCAUUUUGCAUCAAUUAAUUGUUUGUUAUCGGUUUAAAAAUAUUUCAUUUUGGUAAUUUUGUGAGAUUCCCAUCUGUUUGUUUGAUGUGAAAAUGUUAUGAAUCCAAGAAUAUUGAGGGAUUUUUGGUUUUUAUCAUUGUAAAUUGAAUAUAGUUGACAAAUGAGAGGAACCCAAAUGAGAGAAACGGCGAUCGUGGUGGAUCGGGAGUGUUUGGAAGAACAGAAAGUGUAAGAAAGCGAGGAUAAAAGCCAAGAAAGUGAAUCUAGCUGAAUUUUGGAUUUUUAUUUUAUUAUUAACUCAAUCUUUAGAGGGCUUUGACCCACAUGGCAUUAAAGGAGGAUCCAAAAUCCGAGUUGAUGAGUCGAUUCAUUGAGUCUGUGAAGGAGGUUUCUGGGUUACCUGAAUGUAAAAAUGUAUGCAAGAAGAUGCAUGGCAAUUUGAUACGUAGAAUCAAGCUCUUGAGCCCUUUGUUCGAGGAGCUAAGGGACAGCGGCGAAGAGCUAAGUGAAGAUGGGAUGAAAGGCUUCCAGUUGUUGAAACUUGCUUUAGAUUCUGCUAUGGAGCUUCUCAAAUCAACCAAUGAGGGAAGCAAGUUAUAUCAGGCCUUGCAGAGGGACAAGAUAGCACAAAAGUUUUGCCAGGUUACUGAAAAAAUUGAAGUUGCAUUAAGUGAGAUUCCGUAUAACAAACUUGAUUUAUCAGAGGAAGUUCGAGAACAGAUUGAACUUGUCCACACUCAACUGAGGAGGGCUAAAGAAAGACCAGAGUCUCUUGAUUCACAACUAGAGCUUGAUUUAGCUGCAGCACACAAAGAAAAAGACCCUGAUCCUGCAGUAUUGAAGAGACUUAUUGAAAAGUUGGAACUCAAGACCAUAAGUGACCUAAAGAAAGAUUCUGUUGCUUUCCAUGAGAUGGUUAUCUCGAGCAAUGGUGAUCCUGGAGAAUGGUUACAGAAGAUGUCAUCCAUCCUUGUGAAGUUGAAGGACUACGUUGAAAUGGGAAACCCUGAAACUGAUAAUUCUGAGGCUGAAAAGAGUUCAUUUAGGCACAGAUCUCCCGUUAUCCCAGAUGAUUUUCGAUGCCCAAUUUCUCUAGAACUAAUGAAAGAUCCCGUGAUUGUCUCUACUGGACAGACCUAUGAAAGAUCGUGCAUCCAAAAAUGGCUAGAUGCAGGACACAAGACUUGUCCAAAGACACAGCAAACACUGUUGCAUACUGCUCUAACACCUAAUUAUGUUUUGAAGAGUUUGAUCGCAUUGUGGUGUGAAAGCAAUGGUGUUGAGCUGCCUAAACAACAAGGAGCUUAUAGAACAAAAAAAUUUGGAACCAGUUUUUCAGAUUGUGAUCGAAUUGCUAUUGUUGCCUUAUUAGAGAAAUUGGCAAAUGGGAAUCCAGAACAACAAAGAGCAGCUGCUGGAGAGCUACGUUUACUGGCAAAGCGGAAUGCUGAUAAUAGAGUGUGUAUUGCUGAGGCAGGAGCCAUUCCGCUCCUAGUAGAGCUUUUAUCCUCCACCGAUGCUCGUACACAAGAACAUGCUGUUACAGCACUUCUAAACCUCUCCAUAAAUGAUAUUAACAAGGGAACAAUAGUUAAUGCGGGAGCUAUACCUGAUAUAGUGGACGUGUUAAAAAAUGGAAGCAUGGAGGCGAGGGAAAAUGCUGCUGCAACCCUAUUUAGUUUAUCUGUUGUAGAUGAGAACAAGGUGGCAAUAGGAGGAGCUGGAGCUAUCCCAGCACUUAUAGAUUUGCUACGUGAGGGGACUCCAAGAGGAAAAAAGGAUGCUGCCACAGCUAUUUUUAAUCUUUCAAUUUAUCAGGGGAACAAGGCGAGAGCUGUAAGGGCAGGCAUUGUGCUGCCUCUGAUGCAGCUGCUCAAGGAUGCUGGAGGUGGAAUGGUAGAUGAAGCAUUGGCAAUUCUUGCAAUUCUUGCAAGCCAUCAAGAAGGGAAGGUAGCAAUUGGCCAGGCCGAACCAAUUCCUGUUCUGAUGGAAGUCAUCCGGACUGGUUCUCCACGCAAUCGGGAAAAUGCUGCAGCUGUACUGUGGUCACUAUGUACUGGUGAUUCACAGCAGGUGAAGUUAGCAAAGGAGUUUGGUGCAGAAGAAGCACUAAAGGAAUUAUCAGAAAGUGGCACUGAUAGGGCCAAAAGAAAAGCUGGAAGUUUACUAGAGCUAAUUCAACAAGUUGAUGGGGUUGUUAAUCAAAGUUGCCUCUGAAUAGUGCAGUAAAUUUGUUAGAAAAAUGCAAAAUAGAAUCAUAUCUGGUUAAGCUGUCUCUAUCCAAAUUUGUAUAUGGAAAUGGUCAACAAUGUAAUCAGGACCAUAUCGGCAAAGUAGGCGAAUUUCCGUCUGGGUUGGCACUUCUGGCAGCAGUAGGACUCGGUCUCUUUGCAGGGGCAUCUUCACACAAUGAUCUCACCAGUUUGAUACUUAAUAUGAAAGGUGAAGGAGGUAAGCUAUUCUUUAUGAUCUUAUCUGGUGUAGUACAUGAACUACGAAUAGCAUUAAAUUGUAUUGUAUUGACUGCAUUUUUAAGACCUUUUACAGGUCUUUGUUGUACUUGGAAUGCAGAUAAUGAUUCAAUCAAAAUUAUGUAAAAUAUCCCUUCAGUGAAUUAUAUUAUUAUUUUUAUCCUCCA